AUGGAUCUCGGCAGUAGCAGCGACUCAGCUCCCGACUGCUGGGAUCAGGUGGACAUGGAAGUCCCGGGUUCGGCUCCGAGUGGGGAUGGAUUCACCUCUGCGUCCACAGCAGCGGCUGAGGCAGCGGAAGCGGAGGCCCAGCGCCAGCAUCUCAGCAUGGCCUUCAGCAGUCAGCUCAACAUCCACGCCAAACCUUUCGUGCCUAGAGUAAGCGCUGCGGAGUUCGUGCAGUCCUUCCUGCCGGGAUCGGCCCAGCCACCCGCCCCCACAACCUCCAGCAGCGACGAAACCUGCACCGGCGCCGGAGACCCUCAAGGUAAAAGGCUGGGAUGGGGAGCACCUGUGGAACCUUCCAAAGAUGGACCUUUAAUGUCGUGGGAAGGUUCCAAUUCAGCUGUUACCAUGGAACUUUCAGAACCUGUUGUAGAAAAUGGAGAGGUGGAGAUGGCCCUAGAAGAAUCGUGGGAGCUUAAAGAAGUAAGUGAAGCAAAGCCUGGGGGUUCUUUGGGAGAUUCAGGGCCCCCAGAAGAAAGUGGCAAGGAAAUGAUGGAGGAGAAAGAGGUAAUAAGGAAAUCCAAGUCUAUGGCCAUACCAUCUGGUGCUCCUAAGAAAGAACACGUAAAUGUGGUGUUCAUUGGGCAUGUAGAUGCUGGCAAGUCAACCAUUGGAGGACAAAUAAUGUUUUUGACUGGAAUGGUUGACAGGAGGACACUUGAGAAAUACGAAAGAGAAGCUAAGGAGAAGAAUAGAGAGACUUGGUAUUUGUCCUGGGCCUUAGAUACAAACCAAGAGGAACGAGACAAGGGUAAAACAGUGGAAGUGGGGCGUGCCUAUUUUGAAACAGAAAAGAAACAUUUCACAAUUUUAGAUGCCCCCGGCCACAAGAGUUUUGUCCCAAAUAUGAUUGGUGGUGCUUCUCAAGCUGAUUUGGCUGUGCUGGUUAUCUCUGCCAGGAAAGGAGAAUUUGAAACUGGCUUUGAAAAAGGUGGACAGACAAGAGAACAUGCGAUGUUGGCAAAAACAGCAGGGGUAAAAUACUUAAUAGUGCUUAUUAAUAAAAUGGAUGAUCCCACGGUAGAUUGGAGCAGUGAGCGAUAUGAAGAAUGCAAAGAAAAACUGGUGCCCUUUUUGAAAAAAGUUGGCUUCAGUCCAAAAAAGGACAUCCACUUUAUGCCCUGCUCAGGACUGACGGGAGCAAAUAUUAAAGAGCAAUCAGAUUUCUGCCCCUGGUACACAGGAUUACCAUUUAUUCCAUAUUUGGAUAGUUUGCCAAACUUCAACAGAUCAAUUGAUGGACCAAUUAGGUUGCCAAUUGUGGAUAAGUACAAGGAUAUGGGCACUGUGGUCCUGGGCAAGCUGGAAUCAGGAUCCAUUUUUAAAGGCCAGCAGCUUGUGAUGAUGCCCAACAAGCACAAUGUGGAAGUUCUAGGAAUAGUCUCUGAUGAUGCUGAAACUGAUUUUGUAGCCCCAGGGGAAAACCUCAAAAUCAGACUGAAAGGAAUCGAAGAAGAAGAGAUUCUUCCAGGCUUCAUACUUUGUGAACCCAGUAAUCUUUGCCACUCUGGACGCACAUUUGAUGUCCAGAUUGUGAUUAUUGAGCACAAGUCUAUCAUCUGCCCAGGUUAUAAUGCGGUGCUUCACAUUCAUACUUGUAUUGAGGAAGUUGAGAUAACAGCCUUAAUCUCCUUGGUAGACAAGAAAUCAGGAGAAAAGAGUAAGACACGGCCCCGCUUUGUGAAACAAGAUCAAGUGUGUAUUGCCCGAUUAAGGACAGCAGGGACUAUCUGCCUGGAGACAUUUAAAGAUUUUCCUCAGAUGGGUCGUUUUACUUUAAGAGAUGAGGGUAAGACAAUCGCAAUUGGCAAAGUUCUGAAACUGGUCCCAGAGAAGGACUAA